AUGGACUGGACUCUCGCUCCAUACGCCACGGGAGGCUACGGAUCUUUCAACCCUCCAGGCGUCCUUACCAGCUUCGAGGAAGACGAACGAGAUGAAAUGUUCAAGGUCGACAAGCUCUACUUUGCAGGAGACGCCACUAGCGAGAUUUGGCAGGGCUACAUGGAAGGCGCUUUGCUCUCCGGCAGGCGUGUGACCAGUCGAAUCGUCUCGAGUUUGGAUGUGUAG